AAUUUUUCCUAAAAACACGGGGCAGAAUCGUAAAAUUGCUGUCCAUCUCUACACCCGUCUUUUUAUGCUUUCCUCUUCUUCUUCUCGUAAAUGAUGAGGAUGAUGAUACGAUCUUUGGUAGUUCGGAUACAGUAAUCAACAGAAGCAUAAGGAUAUCGGACCAGGCUGCGGGGACACAGCCACCGUCACCACCACCGCAUCCAUUUGUGCCGUCUCGGAGAAUCCUAUUGGUAUCUUUGCUACAAACAUGUCCCAGUACCAGGGGGAUGAAAUGGAUUACAUGGCAGAUGAUUAUGAGAUGGCAGAAGUUGAAGAAGAUGUGUACUUCCGUGGUAGAAUCAUGGGUGAUUCAGAGUCUGAUGAUGAUGAUGAUGAAUAUGAUCAUUUGGACAAUAAGAUAACAGAUACAUCUGCUGCAGAUGCUAGGAGAGGAAAGGAUAUCCAGGGGAUUCCUUGGGACAGACUGAGCAUUUCCCGUGAAAAGUACAGACAAACAAGGCUAGAGCAGUAUAAGAACUAUGAAAACAUUGCGCACUCAGGAGAAGGUUCUGAAAAGGAAUGCAAACCAACAAAGAAGGGAGGGAUGUAUUAUGAGUUUUGGCGAAACACAAGAUCAGUGACGUCAACUAUCCUUCAUUUUCAAUUGCGGAACUUGGUUUGGUCAACAACAAAACAUGAUGUCUAUCUUAUGUCUCAUUUUUCCAUUGUUCACUGGUCAUCUUUAAGUUGCAAGAAAACUGAAGUUCUCAAUGUUUCUGGACAUGUGGCGCCAUGUGAGAAACAUCCUGGAAGCCUCUUGGAAGGAUUUACUCAAACCCAAGUUAGCACACUUGCAGUGCGGGAUAAGCUGUUGAUUGCAGGGGGGUUCCAGGGAGAACUUAUUUGUAAGCAUUUAGAUCGACCAGGAGUUAGCUUCUGUUACAGGACAACUUACGAUGAUAAUGCAAUCACAAAUGCAGUCGAGAUUUAUGAUUGUGCCAGUGGUGCAGUUCAUUUUAUGGCUUCAAAUAAUGACUGUGGAGUUAGAGACUUUGAUAUGGAGAAAUUUCAACUUUCUAAGCAUUUCUGCUUUCCUUGGCCGGUGAAUCACACCUCACUGAGUCCUGAUGGUAAGCUUCUUACCAUUGUCGGUGACAACCCAGAGGGAAUGCUAGUGGAUUCUCAAACAGGAAAGACCAUUACACAAUUAUGUGGACACUUAGAUUUCUCAUUUGCAUCUGCAUGGCAUCCUGAUGGCCGCAUCUUUGCCACUGGGAAUCAAGACAAGACAUGUCGUAUUUGGGACACACGAAACUUGUCAAAAUCUGUUGCAGUGCUCAAGGGCAAUUUAGGAGCCAUUAGAUCAAUUCGGUUUACAUCUGAUGGUCAAUUCAUGGCAAUGGCAGAGCCAGCUGAUUUUGUGCAUGUUUAUGAUGUGAAGAAUGGGUUUGAGAAAGAGCAGGAGAUUGAUUUUUUUGGGGAGAUCUCUGGUGUGUCUUUUAGCCCUGACACAGAAUCCCUCUUCAUAGGAGUAUGGGAUCGCACAUAUGGAAGCCUCCUUCAGUACAACAGAUGCCGGAAUUUUACAUAUCUUGACUCGUUUCUGUGAUUUAACAUGUGUAUAUCUAGUUGUGAAUUUACACUGGCAAAUUUGCAUGUCCAUGUGAAUGUGAGGAUGUUGGAUCCAACAUAAAUUUAAGUGAACAAGGGUGACAUAUCUCAUGUUUCAUUCUGUAGUAGAGGGGCUGACAAAGAGAAAUGCUCCUGCUGUAGUUUUUGUUAUGGUACAUGGGUUUAAAAUAAUACUGGGGCAAUGUAUGAUAAGGGAAACAAUUUGGAAGACUGGACAUGGGGUGUGAGUUUUAGUCAGGUUUGUAAAAUAAUGGAGAGAAUGUAGAGAAGCUUUGGUGAGUGUAUCUGGUUAGACUGAUCGCAGUAUAACUGAGGUUCGGGGUCCUUAUCUUGUUAGCCCCUCUAUUUUUUUUAAUUUUUUUUUUAUUUUUGGCUCCAAAAAACUGUAGCUCCUUUUCAUAGAGUUAAAAUUGGUGAAUGAAAUGCAUUACGCGCUGUUGAACAGGGUUAUGUUU